GAGGAAGACAAGAAUACAUUUCCAUGAUUUUAUGUUGAGCGUCCAUAGUCGCUUAUAGAUGCAUAAAGGAGUAGAAGAUCCGCUCGAAGUUGUUGCAGGGGAAAUAUCAGAUUAGUCAAUUCUUUUAUGUCUCGAUGAAUUUAUGGUGAAUGAUGUUGCUGAUGCUUUGAUAUUAAAUCAUCUUUUUGGGCAUCUAUUCAGCAAAGGAGUUGUCUUGCUCUCCACUUAAAAUCGUGCUCCAAAUAAUCUUUACGAAGGUGGUCUUCAGAGGGAUCUUUUCUUACCAUUUAUCGCUACCCUAAAGGAAAGGUGCACUGUUCAUGCAAUUAGUUCUUCCACAGAUUACCAAAAAAUGACUUCUGCUGAGCAGGGUUUCAAUUUUAUUGGACAUGAAUACUCUGGACUUCUUAAAGAGAAGUUUCAGCAGUUAUUUGGGAAAGAAACUCCUGGCCCACAAGUUGUGGAAGUUGUUAUGGGAAGAAAGCUGCAGGUUCCACUAUGGGAUAAUGUAUGUGCAUAUUUUUCAUUUGAAGAACUCUGUGAUAGACCUCUGGGAGCUGCGGACUAUUUUGGGUUGUUUAAGAAGUUUCACACAUUAGCACUUGAAGGCGUCCCAAAAUUUGGAAUCAUAUAAACAUGUGAGUAUCUAUUCUACUAUUUUCUAGAUACAUGCUAACUCAAGAAGGCCAAGAAGCUGCACGUGAAUGCAUCCUGAGAUCUGGUUUAAAUGAUUCUUCUGCUCUGUUGACUGCAAUAAAUGGAUCUCAAAGCUCUCUUGAUCAGCAAACAGUAUCACAUUUGGAUUCUGCUGUCACUGAAAGAAAAGCAAGGUUUUCCUUUAGUAGUUCAAGCUGUCAAAAGGAAUUGAAUGAUGUUUCUAGGAAAUUUGGGGAUGACAUAGUGGUUUCUUAUGAUUCUGACUCCAUUCCUGCCGAACUUGAGAGUUAUUCUGCAACUGCAGAAUUUAUUACUUUCUCUUCCAUGGAUACAGGUAACAAGAAAGGUUUUAUUUCUGCUGCUGCUUAUCAUGAAAAUACACUCCAUAAUAAUGUAGCUACGAGUUCUUUCAAUCUGAGGGGUUGCACUUCACAUGAUGUUCCUGUUAAAAAAUCAAUAGAUGUGGGCAUAGAGGUAAAAGAUGCAAACAUUUUGGCGAUGCCACCUCGAAUUUUUGGGGAGAACUUUGAAGAGACCUAUGAUGUUAUCUUGAUAUUGGAUGAUCGUGAAAACUUUGGGUCAGUAUGAGUUCCUCCAACCAAAUUCCCUACUGGACAACUCACCCACUACCCCAAACCAAAAGAAAGAAAAAGGAAACAAUCUACCACUUGCAUUUCAGUUUCUGAAAAAUUUUCAGAUUCCUUUAUUUGAGUUUUCAUUGUCACUUCUCCCUAUAAUUAUAUGUCUAUGGAACACAUUUUGUCUGUUCAAGAUCACUAUCUUGUUUUUAUUUGUAAAUAUUUCACACAUGACUGUCUUUUAGUAAACCAAGCUUGAAACAUUUAUGGGUAGACAUAACAGUAUAAUCACCAUUUGCUUUAUCUUCAAAGGUACUUCUA